AUGGUGAACGUUCCUAAAACCCGCCGGACUUUCUGCAAGAAGUGUGGCAAGCACCAGCCCCACAGAGUGACACAGUACAAGAAGGGCAAAGAUUCUCUUUUUGCCCAGGGAAAGCGGCGUUAUGACAGGAAGCAGAGAGGCUACGGUGGGCAGACUAAGCCGAUUUUCCGGAAAAAGGCUAAAACUACAAAGAAGAUUGUGCUGAGGCUUGAAUGUAUUGAGCCCAAUUGCAGAUCUAAGAGAAUGCUGGCUAUUAAGAGAUGCAAGCAUUUUGAACUGGGAGGAAAUAAGAAGAGAAAGGGCCAAGUGAUCCAGUUUUAA